UGGUGAGGCCCGAGGCAGCCAGUGAGUGCACUGGCCAGUCCUAUAUAGGAUCCGAACCUGCGGCGGGAGCAUCGCACUCUACCAAGUGCGCCACGGGCUCGGCCCUAAAGCAUCACUUUAAAAGCAUCAUUACAAACAGCGAGAUGAAAUGAGGAACAAGAAUGUGGGCCGCAAGAAUGGUUUCUUUAAAAAUGGGAGACUCCUAGGCAUAAAGGACCCUUCCUUGGAUGAUCAUGAGCAUAUUAAUCUCACCAUACAACUUGUCUUGCUUCUGCUCUUCUGGAAUUUCUGGGCAGCCCUGGUCAGUACAAGAUGGACCCUGUAGUCUUGAGUUACAUGGACAGUCUACUGCGGCAGUCAGAUGUCUCAUUAUUGGAUCCUCCAAGCUGGCUUAAUGACCAUAUUAUUGGGUUUGCCUUUGAGUACUUUGCCAACAGUCAGUUUCGUGACUGCUCUAACCACGUCUGCUUCAUCAGCCCCGAAGUCACCCAGUUCAUCAAAUGCACUAGCAACCCAACAGAGAUCGCCAUGUUCCUCGAACCCCUGGACCUCCCCCACAAGUCAGUUGUAUUCUUAGCUAUCAAUGAUAACUCCAACCAGGCAGCUGGGGGAACCCACUGGAGUUUGUUGGUUUAUCUCCAAGAUAAAAAUAGCUUUUUUCAUUAUGAUUCCCAUAGCAGGAGCAACUCAGUUCAUGCAAGACAGGUAGCAGUGAAACUAGAGGCUUUCUUAGGCAGAAAAGGAGACAAACUAGUCUUUGUGGAAGAGAAAGCCCCUGCUCAACAAAACAGCUAUGACUGUGGAAUGUACGUGAUAUGUAACACUGAGGCCUUAUGUCAGAACUUCUUUAGGCAACAGCCAGAAUCACUACUGCAGCUACUCACUCCUACAUACAUCACAAAGAAGAGGGGAGAAUGGAAAGAUCUCAUUGCCAAACUUGCUAAAAAUUAGCUACUGAAGUAUAUUUGCAACUUUUGAAGUCUCCUCUUUCUGCCCUUCCCCAUUUAUUGGAUGGCUGCAAUCUCAGUGCCUAAGGGAAGAUGCCUGGUAGAAGAAAGCAUAUAUUCUUACUUUUUCCUGAAAGAACGUUAUCCCUGUAUUAUCCUAAUAGAAAGUUUCACUUUAACCCUGACUUGAGAGCACUAUGUCCUGUGAAAAUGUCUUGAAGUUAAGCACCAAAACAAAACCAAUUGAACUUAACAUUACUGCACACGAGAUUCAAGUAAGACUUUUCUUAUUGGUACAAAAUUAAUUCCCUUUUGGUCUCCCAUAUCCAUGUUGGCUUUUUCCAGAGGAAAAGCAAUGAUUGGUAAAACAAAUCAAGAAUAUAUGAAAUCUGCUGGUUAGAGGCACAGUGCUAUAAGAUGAAGGUGAAGGGUUCGGAUCCCAGUACACUCUAGCCACCAAAAAAAAAAAAAAAAAAAAGAAUAUAUGAAAUCUAGAGGAAUGCAAGAAGAAAACUAUAGAAGAACCAAAAACUUGUUGCACAGCCUACAUAAUUAAAGAGGUCAACUGCUGGAAGCAUAUCAAGGUCUAACUUUAUUCAAGACCUAAAUAAUAUGAGAAUCAGCAGAUAUCUCUCUCAUUCACUAGGCAAAGGCUUUCCUGUCUAUCUGCACAACCUUUGCAGAUAUUUGAUAAAGGUGAUGUUAGCCCAUCUUCCUUCAUCUGAUUCCGGGAAUACUUCAAGAAAGGGGAAAUCUUGAGUAACUUCAUUAAAAUAAAUGACUGUAAUGGACCUCUU